GCGGCCUUCGUGAGGCGCUCCCGAGGGCGGCGCGGCGGUCAAAUGGCCCAGCACAGAAUAUCUACAGAAUGCAUUCUGGAGAGGACCAAAGGGUGAGCAGUUCCUAAAGGAAAAAGCAGUAGGAUCUCCCCUGUUUACCAGUCAUUUUGUCAUCAAGAAAUUUCAUCUUCAAGCAGUGAUGAUGAAUUUGAAAAGUUUUUAUCUAGAAUGAAGACUCCCAAAUCAGCCACGUGUUGCACUCCGAGGACAGAGAAUAAGAGUUUGAAUCGCUCCAAGGAAAACUUGUUCUCGAAUUUCACCAGUAAAAAAGUGUUUAGUGACAGCGAUGAUGAUGAUGAUGAUAGCGUCUUUGGCGAAUACGCACCGCGGACUACAUCCCAGUCCAUCCAAGUGGACUGGCGGAAGGGAAACGGGAGGAACGUGCUAUCUCCCUCUUCACAGGACAAGACUAUCGCAUCCAGGGACAGGCCAAAUUCUUCCCAAAGUGUGGAAGAAAAAGGUUCCACACAGGAGUGUACUCAAGGCAAAACCCAGCAACCAAGGCCAAGUGUCGUGUUUGGCUGCGAUAGCUCCGAUGAUGAGAUUGAUAGUCUAAUUGUUCGUGUGAAGCAAAGAAUGGUCUUUCCUGCCACCAAGAGCACCGACGUCCAAAACAGCACCACUGGACGGAGAGGCUUCAAGUCUUCCUGUGAAAACACCCAGACCGCUGUGAAGAGUGGGAAUGCCCCUCAGAGGCUGCUCAGAUCUCCAGUUCGCCCACAGAGUCUCAAGAGCCAGGUGCUCUCUGAUGCUAUCCAGGUACCUGGGAUGCCAGUGAGGAGUUCCUGCAACAUCCAGGGCUGCUUCUUGCAAGAGCUUUCGGACCCCAAAUCCUGGCAAGUGAAGCAGUUCCGCACCAAGAAGGAAGAAAUGGCACAAAGUCUCUAUGCUUUUUAUAACAGCACUGUAUUUGAGCAGAAGUUGCCAGAAAGAAUGGAAAUUAGCUGGAAUAAGAAGAUGCGGAAAACAGCAGGAUGCUGUAUAACUGGACAGCUGAAAGAACCUGGCUCGAGACAGCGAUAUGCCCGAAUAAUGCUGUCGGAGAAAGUUUGUGACUCCGCAGAUCGACUUCGGGAUACUCUGAUCCAUGAAUUAUGCCAUGCAGCCGCAUGGUUAAUCCACGGAGUUCAAGAUGGGCAUGGCCAUUUUUGGAGUUUAUAUGCUAAAAAGUCUGCCUCAGUCCACCCAGAGCUCCCCGUAGUGUCGCGGUGCCACAACUAUGAGAUUAAAUACAAGUUCAGCUAUGAGUGUUCUCAGUGCCAAAACAAGAUUGGGCGUCACUCCAAGUCCCUGGACACACAGCGCUUUGUCUGUGCGCUGUGCAAGGGGCAGCUUGUGCUACGGGAGCCCACACGGAAGGAUGGCACACCAGCUAAAGCACCACUAACUCCCUUUGCAAAGUAUGUGAAAGAAAACUAUGCUUCUGCUAAGCAGUCGCAGCAGGGUCUGAGCCAUGGAGCAAUCAUGAGGAAACUCAGUGCUGACUUCGCAUCUCAGUCUCAUCUUGCCGGUCUGUAGGUGACCCGGCUAUUCUAGGUACACUCUGGACUUCUCUGUUAUGGAGGGUCGUAGAAACAGCCCUGUGGGAAAGGGCUGCGGCAGUCCCUUGCAACAAGCAUUGCAUUGAAUUGCUUUGUAAUUUUUAUGAUACUUGAGGUCACCUGUCCAGGGCAUUAAAUUAAGUUUUUAAACGUGUGGAUUUGACUGAAAUAAAAUGGACUC